AUGUCAUGGAAAAUCAACCUGGCGUGUAUUCUGGCCAUCGACAUUAUACACUGCAUAGCAUGCUCGGCCGCCAAGAUAGCAGUCCUCGCGAUGUACUAUCGCCUUUUCUCAGCUUCAAAGGUUUUGCGGUGCUGGGUAUGGGGAACGACGAUUGCAAUCUUGCUGUGGCUCGUUGCUGUGAUUUUUGUCAGCACUUUCUCGUGUCUACCUGUGGAGUACCACUGGGAUAAGUCGCUUCCGGGCAGCUGCAUGGGGAUCAGCAAAAUAGGGAUUCUAUUCCCGAACAUCCUCUUCGACAUCAUAGCCAUGGUCCUUCCCAUCAACGAGAUAUGGAGGCUUCAAAUGCGACGGACCAAGAAAGCGGCACUCACAGGCAUCUUUUUGAUCGGCGGCAGCGUAAUCCUCAUCUCCAUCUCCCGACCGCUUCUCUUCUGGAUCUUCCGUCCGGUGCCCGGUAUAGCGCACAACGUCAGCCAAACAACCAUCUUCCCCUACACGGCAUCGGCCGCUGAAGUCUGCCUCGACAUCAUCGGCGCCUGUCUGCCGCCCUGUGCGUCUCUCUUCAGGCGCUUUUUUGGUGGCGUCGUGAGCGUUGUGAAAUCAGGACAUCAUUACUCCACCUCGCGGGGCAAAUCCAGCGGCAAAGAUUCGUCUACAAAGAGGUCCAGCAAGGUACACGCACUCACCAUCGGUAAAGCGAGUAACCGCAAGCGGGCCGCCGCCGCCAAUGACACAAUCGAUCUCGAGGGGUCUUUUGAACGGCUCGGGGACGGUGUGAGCUGGCAAGGGUCGACGGACGAAUUGUAUGGGAUGGAUGAUCUCCAGCAAAGCAAAGCGAACGUGGUUGAUGGCAAGGAACGUGAUGGGAUAUGCGUCAGGCACGAUAUCCAAAUUCAUCAUGGGGGCACAGUUACGGAGGAAGACAUUAAAAAGUGGCACCGAGGAGAUGUCUUCGACGGGAGAUCUAGCAGACUUUCGGGAGAAGCUAGGGGAUUAUGA